AUGGGCAUUGACGUGAAGGAAACAUGCGCAAUAAUAUGGAAAGUUAUUGGAUUCUCAAUGAGCACAAGCAUCAAAUUCAUGAGAAACCACCCAAUCUUGUCUUUGGUUUCCAUGUUUCUACUCGCUCUAUACAUUCUCCUCCCUUCCUUAUUGUUCUUCUUGAUAUACUCGUCGCCGGUUCUUGCAUGUGUUGUAGUGUAUGCUAGAGAAAAGCUGGGAUUGAGAUUUUCCGAUUCCUCUUCGGAGUCAAAGAGUUGUGAAGGAGAAAAGAAAGGUGGUAGAUGUCACUUAAGACAACAAAGAAGUGUCCGAAGAAACGCUAGAAUGAAAGUUGAAGAAUGGGAUUCACAAACAAGCGAGGAAGAGAAGGACAAAGUCAUCUUGACCUCUCUUUACAACGAUCUCCUCGGACGUACACCACAAUUCGAGGAGUCUCCAAAAGCAAUAGAAACCAACGUAGUAGAAGAAGAGAAUGAUAAGCCUUUUGUUGAGGAGGAAGAUUCAAGAAUGUUUAACGUUGAUCAAGAACAACCAAUGGUUUGCAAGUGUGAGGUCAAUGAAGAGAAACAAGAUGGUAAAGAAGAGAUGAGCAAUGGGAUCUCUGAGGUUGAAAGAAACAAGAGACUAGAGAGUCUAAUCGCUAGAAGAAGGACAAGACGACUCUUUAAACUAGCUUUAGACCAACAUAAUAAGCUUCAAGCUGAAGAGACAACCAGCCCUACACAGAACAACAACCUUCACAUUACGGUUCCAAGGAACAAUAACAACAACCCUUUUGAGAAACGUCGAAACUAUCAAUCAGGAUUGCAAGUUCCAGGGUCAGCACCUUCUGUGAUGUUACAAUCGAGAAGCCCUUUUGAUAUUCCUUAUGAUCCUCAAGAGGAAAGACCUAUCCUAACUGGAGAUAGCUUUGAUCAAGAAUUCUCAUUUUUCAACCCUAAUGAUAUGUUCCUUACUCGUCAUGAGAGUUUCUGUCGCUUUGCUCAUUUUUCCCCAGAACAUGCUCAGUGUAUGAACAGCCCUGUUCCUGCUUCAGAUGUUUCCACUACUAGGAAACGCUUAGAUUUGGACAAUGAAUAUAUGGAUCAUAGUGAACAAAAGCACUCCUACUAUGUCAAACAAGUCACAACAGAGGAUAGUGAUAGAAGUGGUGAGGGUGAAAAAAGCAAAAACAGAGAUGAAGAGGAAGAAGUGAAUAAUGAGACAGACUCAAGUGAAGAAGAUGAUGAUGAUGAUGAUUCAAGUUGUUCAGAAGAAAGUGAGGCAGAACUCAACCGUUUCAACAAAGCAGAGUUAAGAGAAGCUAUAAGCCACUCAAUGGAUAAUUUUCCUGGGUUUCUUGUGAAUCAAGCAAGAAAAGAUAUCCCAAGCCCAUUACCUAGAGGCUUAGCAGCGCCAAAACUCGAUGAUAACAUGUUUUAUGCUCGUAGAGGCACAAGUUCUCACAGUAGAACCUUCUCCAUCGCCUCAGAUAUGCAAGUAGAGGUUUCAGAGCUUGGUUCACCUCCUACGACGGUUGAUUGGCUUGAUGACUGGUCUAAUGGUGGAGAAUCAUACACGUAUGAUACAGAUAUUGACAGAGAAAUCAUUCGCGGUGAAGAAUCACGUAAGAGGGUUUCUCAACAAUGUGAUUCAAGACCAAAAGAGAAUGAUAAUGGGGUAGGGACUAAACCAUAUCAGAAGUGUUUGUCAGAUGAACAUCUUAAGUCAGCUGAUGAGAUGUCUUUGUUAGAUAGAAGGAGCCAAACCAUAGAUUUUGAUCAGAAACCUUCUCGUUCUAGUGAUGUGUUCAAGUCUAGAAGCUAUGGAAAAUUAGAUGGUUUGUUGUUCCAUACAAGUGUGUCAUUGUCUUCAAUAACUGAAGAACCUGAAACAAUCUUGGACUCAAAUAUCAUUGAUCAUCACCAGAAGGAUCAAAUCUUGAAUAGCAUUCAAGGAGAAAAUGAUACAGAGAUCCAUAUGAAAGAGGAUGAGAACACAAAGCCAAAAGAAUAUGAGACAGCUCAGAGCGUCUUGGAUGCUUCUUUGGACACUCCUUACGUGGAAUCAUCUGAGAGAGAGAUAAAAAAGGAAGAAGAGUCAAACUUAGAUAAUUCUACAAAGGGAGUAACAAAACAAACAGAAGAUAAGGCACUUCAAGGUGACUUGAUGAGUUUUCCUUGCCAUGAAAGUGAGGUCUUGGAAGAGAAACCAAUUAAAAUUCCUGAUGAGAAUGCAAAGCCAAUGGAGCAAGAGGAAACUAAUGACGUCUUGGACGAAUCUUUAAUCCAUCCUUGCACACAAUUGUCUCAAGAAUAUGGUAAUGCAGAAAAUGAUAGUGAUGUGAUGCUUAUGCAAGUUCAGGAUGGUAACAACUCAACAUUGGAUGAGUCAGCUGAUCUGGAUUUCUCCAAAGAAGGAGAAAGUUCAGGGUUAUUGAAAGAUCUUCACGCUGAAUCGGCCGAGGAAUACAACAAUGUAGUGAACGUUGAAGAAGAAUCAGAGAUGAAAGAAGAAGAAGAACCAAACUUGGAUAAUUUCACAAAGGAUAUAUCAGAACAAAUAGAAGAUAAAGCACUUCAAGGUGACUUGACGAGUUCUCCAGGGCAUGUUUUUACAAAUUUACAAGAAAGUGAAGUCAUGGAAAAGAAUGAUCCAAUAUUAGUCAAAAAAUCUGGUGCAAAGCUAGGGGAACAAGAGAAACCCCAUGACGUUUUAGAAGCAUCUUCUAGCUCUCCUUAUACACAAUUGGUUGAAGACUAUGAAAAUCUUCUGAAAGUUCAAAACGGUAAUGACUCGGCUUUGGAUGAGUCAAUUGAUCAGAAGUUCUCAAAGGAAGGAGAAAAUUCAGGCUUAUUGAUAGAUCUUCAUGCUGAACCAACCCAAGAACACAGUAAUAUGAUGAAUGUUAAGGAAGAAUUAAUAGGUUUAGAAGAUGCUAAUGAUUCACAAGCUUCACAACUUUGGACACAACAGAACGGUACAAAUUCUUCCGAAGGAAUAUCACCAAGAACAUUGGAUAUCACCCAAAAACCAGAGCAAACUGAUGCUAUCUCUCAAGAUACUGCUAAAGAUAAAGUUGAUACAGCAGCUAAAGACUCGACUGAUACUGAGAAGAAUGAUGAAGAGAAUCAGAAACCUGAUGAGCAAGUUAUAGAAGAAGAUGUGGAAAAGGAAUUACAGCUUACAUUACAAUCGUUGCACCAUAGCACUGGCUUAACGGCUAGCGAAGACGAUGAAGAAUCCAAGAAAGUGGUUGAGGCAGUGCACAAUACAGAGACCAAAACAACACAGACGGAAACAGAUUCUUAG